UCUCGAUGCUCUCUCUUCAUCUGGUGAUGGUGAAAUGGCUCUGUUCAUCCUCAUCUCUUUCCACCUGAUUCUGCAAGUUCAGCUACAAAAUGUUCCUCAGCCUGAGCUCUCAGUGUCUCCUGCAGUUCUCACACAGAGAGGUUCAGUACAGCUGGACUGUAAGACUCUGUAUGCUGGAGUGUCUCAGUGUUAUUUCUAUCCAGAGAGAGACAAGACAAAUCUAAAACACUCACCAUCCUGUCAGCUCUCACUCACUGGCUCUGAACUGACCAGGUGGACAGGACGCAGUUACAGAUCACCUCAAUCGGUCAACAUUACCUGCUACUACACUGUGGAUGAAUUCAGAACUCAAGCUGAAUCUCCUCACUCUCUACCAGCUCCAGUCACAGUCCUGGUCCUGGAUGCUCCUCAGCUCUCAGUGUCCACUUCAGGGAGAGGCUCUGUACAGCUGAACUGCACACCUCCGUAUGUUGGAGUCUCUCAGUGUUAUUUCUAUCCAGAAGGACAUGAGAGAGAUUUAAAGUUUCCAUCCUGUCAGCUCUCACUCACUGGAGCUGAACUGACCACAUGGGCUGGACACAGUUACAGUUCACUCGAACUCGUCAACGUUAUUUGCUACUACUCUGUGAAAAUAUCAGAUAGACAGCUUCUGUCUCCUCACUCUCUCCCAGCUCCAGUGAGAAUACUGGAUAAGAAACCAACAGUGACAGUCAGUCAUGAUGAUCAACGUCAUGAGUUCACUCUUGUGUGUGAAAUAUCACUGUCACUCAGCGCUGAUGUUGGGUGUGAUUUCUACAUUGGAGAUGAGAAGUUAAGGUGGUUGAUGUCUCAGAGGACGAGGUCUGGAUCACUGGCUUGUAGUUUGACAUUACAUAAGGAUUUUCUUUUCAGUCGUAUGAAAUCAGCGAAGAGCAGAGAAGUGAGCUGUGAUUAUUCACUAAACUCUGACCAAACCGUCCACUCUCCACUCAGUGACUCAUACAGCCUCACACAACUGCCUCCUUUACCAACUCCAGAAACUACAACGCAGUCAAAAAGGCAGAAAUCUACCACAACUGCUCCAUAUGACGUUAUUACACUCCACGGUCAAACCACCAUUGCCUCUCUCACAACCUAUUCUAACUACAAUCAGCACAUCCAAAAGGUGCCUGAAGGAACAGACCUUGUCACAAUGCUAUCAGCUUCUGUUGUCGGUGUCUUAUUGGCUGAAGUGAUGCUCAUCUGUCUUUGCAGAUUCAUCAGAAAGAAGAAAACUGGGAGCCUUUGCAGGGUUGCAGAGUGUCUGACUGAAGAUAAUGAUGAAACCGUUUACACAGCAGUAAUCUACAGUCUGUCCACCCAGGAGCAAUAAAGAGAAAUGUUUCAGCUUCCUGAAUGAUGGACGGCACACAGGAUAUGCCACUGGUCCUCCAUCAAACAAGAUUAAAC